AUGGCAGUGAAUGGGUCCAAGAAGAAAAAAUCGGGUCAGGGCAUACCCGGGCCCACGAACCCGAUGGUGACGCCUAUGCUGACGGAUCAAUAUCAAUUCACCAUGGCUUAUACGUACUGGAAAGCUGGCAAGCAUCAAGAGCGUGCUGUGUUUGAUUUGUAUUUUCGGAAGAACCCCUUUGGAGGUGAGUACACUGUUUUUGCUGGUUUGGAAGAAUGCGUGAGGUUCGUCGCUAAUUACAAGCUCAACGAGGAAGACAUUGAUUAUAUCAAAAAUAAUUUGUCUGUUUCAUGUGAGGAUGGCUUCCUUGACUAUCUUAGAAGAAUUGACUGUUCUGAUGUUGAGGUGUAUGCUAUUCCCGAAGGAUCAGUUGUUUUUCCUAAGGUGCCCCUACUGAGAAUUGAAGGUCCAAUUGCCGUUGUUCAAUUGCUGGAAACACCUUUUGUCAAUCUAAUUAAUUUUGCAUCAUUAGUUUCUACUAAUGCUGCAAGGCAUCGUUUUGUUGCUGGAAAAACAAAAACUCUACUUGAGUUUGGACUACGAAGGGCACAGGGGCCUGAUGGUGGAGUGGGUGCAUCAAAGUACAGUUACAUUGGGGGAUUUGAUGCAACAAGCAACGUUGCAGCAGGAAUGUUAUUCGGGAUUCCCCUUCGUGGAACUCAUUCUCAUGCAUUCGUUAGCUCAUUUAUGAACCUUGACGAGAUUAAAGACAAAUCUCUUCGUAAAAAAGAUGGUUCAAGUACAUGUAAAGAUUUUGUUAGUUUAGUUCAAAGCUGGCUGAGAAAAAUUGAGAGGUCGAAUUCACUACAUGGAAAUUUUGCUGAGACCAAUCAAAGUGAGCUGGCAGCAUUCACAUCAUAUGCAUUGGCAUUUCCUCAUAACUUUUUAGCCCUAGUAGACACUUAUGAUGUCAUGAGAAGUGGAAUCCCUAACUUUUGUGCAGUUGCAUUGGCUCUCAGUGAUUUAGGAUACAAAGCAAUUGGCAUUAGACUGGAUUCUGGUGACCUUGCAUAUUUGUCUUGUGAGGUCAGGAAGUUGUUUUGCUCCAUUGAGAAGGAAUUUGGAUUGCCCGGUUUCGGGAAGAUGAGUAUCACAGCUAGUAAUGACCUUAAUGAGGAAACAUUAGAUGCUUUAAACAAACAGGGUCACGAGAUUGAUGCGUACGGAAUUGGGACAUACCUGGUUACGUGUUAUGCUCAAGCUGCUUUAGGUGUUGUUUUCAAGCUGGUUGAGAUAAACAAUAAACCUCGUAUCAAAAUUUCUGAAGCUGUCUCAAAGGUCACUAUUCCAUGUAAGAAGCGAAUAUAUAGAUUGUAUGGGAAAGAUGGUUAUGCUUUGGUAGACAUACUGACUGGGGAAAAUGAACCCUCUCCGAAGGUGGGAGAAAGAAUCCUGUGCCGCCAUCCCUUUGAAGAAUCUAAGAGAGCAUAUGUGGUGCCUCGAAAAGUUGAGGAGCUUUUGAGGUGUUACUGCGCCGGGAGUUCAGAUAAAAAGGAAGAAAUUCUACCUCCUUUGAAGGACAUAAGAGAGCGAUGCAUCAAGCAACUUGAGCAAAUGCGAUCUGACCACAUGAGGAGACUUAAUCCAACUCCAUAUAAGGUUAGCGUAAGUGCAAAACUAUAUGACUUCAUUCAUUUCUUGUGGCUCAAUGAGGCGCCUGUUGGGGAGCUACGGUGACAGGGGGAAUAAAAACGCUUGCACCUAAGUAUUAGGUCAGGGCAAAAUAAAUUGCGAUGCAAGUUUCUUCCUUUGAUUAACUCAGAAUAUACAUAUGUAUGGAAAUUGCCCAAAAAAAUUAGUUACAAAAUUUAUUUUAUUUUAUUUUUGUUAUAAAACUUCAGCGUAUUUUGUUAUUUUCUUUUAUGCAACAAACAUAUUUAUUGUUUGAUAUACGGAUGCUAUUUAAUAUACGGGUUAUUAUUGAAUACAAAUUUUUAAAAUA